AAUUCAACCGCUUCAUCCUCUCCUAACGGACCGUACAUGUGACCUUAUAUACCAGUGAGUCUAUUUGAGCGGGUGUUGUGUUGUGCAGCAUGUGGACGUUCAGCCUGCAGGUUUGAUGCACGUACUCGGACGCUCUAGUGAAAGUGGAUCGUGGAUCUUGAUUAACGGUCAGGGUAGGUUCCCUUCCGAGAAAUGAAGGAUGAUCGCGCGAUCUGUGCUCGGUACUCUGCUUUUCCUCUCUCAGAAGAUUUCAUAAGAGGAUCGUAAUCGGUUAUCAAAGCGCAUUUUUUAAAAUUUGGCGUCUUUUUCCCCGAAAGUGAGCGGGAAGUGAGGUUUAAUGGCAUGCGCAUUGAAGCAAAGUCAUACUUACUUUGAAUUUUAAUUUUAUUUUGAAGGCAGGUGACUUGGGAGGAUUGUGCAGUGAUUAAUAUCAGGAAAAAAAUAGCGUUAAUUUAGUUGUAAUCACAUAUACAGUUGCCUAUCUCUAUUUUUUGUCCCCAUUAUAGGUCUUACACAUUAAAACUUUGAUAUCUAAAGUUACUUUUGCAUUCUUAGCCCAAAUAAAAGAUUUAUUGGUUCAGAGUACAACUAUAAUGUUUUAAUAAAAUCCGACAUCUUUAUCAGGCCAGAAAACCAUCGCAUCACUGGAGUGUUUUUGCUGCUAGAUGGUGCUCUAACACGGAGAAAUUGAGUUGUUGUUCUCACUUUGCUGCCAUGUUAUAAUAAAUGUAAUACCACAGAUGAAAUUAAUUUCAGUUUCUCUUUGAAAACCGAUCUAUAGAUCACAAAACAUACAUAUAAAAGUUUUUUUUAUGUAUUAAAUGCACUUGCCUUCAUUUUGGAUAGUUAAGCCUGAGUGUGCAUGAGAGUGUGAUUCAGUUAGAUUUUUUAUGGUAGUGUAGGUUAGGACUUAUUCUCCAUUUAUUGCUCAGGCGGCCCCACACCUUAUUAUACCUAGCAAAUAUCUGAGAGUAAAUAAGUGGGCUAUUAGAUUUUUAUUUUUAUUUUGACAGUGGGCUUCCACAGCUGCAAGGCCAGGGUGAGGCCGUGUAACCUAAAAAUGAUAGUGAGGCAAAUAUUGAGGGACAGACUGUUAUUCAUGCACAGUCCUGUCUCACAGAGGUGCAUUCACUGAUGCCCAAAUCUUUUUUUUCUUCUUUUCUUCUUCUUGAUUCCCCGAGUUAACCGUGUGGUAUGUGGCUGAAACUUUUUCAUUGGUGAAGGGUCAUGGUAAGACAUGAUGUAAGGGGGGCGGUACUGUGCGAGCUAUGGAUUGAACUGUUACCUCGAAUACCCCCCCUUUUUUCACAUACCUGCAUGCGGAGAACUUGGAUUUUAUUUAUCCAAAAAUAACUUUUCAACAAUGGCUGAGGUGCCAGAAACAGACAUGCUCUGCAAUGCCUCUGCUAGUGGAAGACUGGAUGAAGUGGUGGUUUUGUUGGAAACUGGAGCUGAUGUUAAUGGAAGGAAUAUAUUCAACAGAACUCCUUUGCAGGUGAGUAAAACCGAUUUUUGAUUCGUUUUUGUCAAAGGAAUGAGGGAAAAUAUGCAGCCUGCAUUCACUUUGGAGGAUUUUAUUUUUUCUGUCUGCAUGACAAAGCACAUGUCUAACUUCCUUGUCUUUUGUGCUGCUGUGAGGAUGCGGCCUAACCAUGUUUUCUCUUGAAAUAAUCAUAGACUAUUUAAGUUUAUAUUCUCAAUAAAUAAGACAAAUAUUUUCCACUGAAAAAGGAAAAAAAGGAUGGAUGACAGAAAGAAAGUGAUGGCAAAAAGAAAGUUUGAUUUUUGCAGUGUAAAUCUUACUAAAAGCCUACUUGGUCAAACACCGUUUUUCUACAAAAAUCGUUUUGAAAUUCGUUUGCUAUGAAAAAAUAACCUAAAUAAACUACAAAUAUACAAAGGAAAAACGAUUCUAGUGGCUAUAUAAGUUCACUUUUGAGUUAGAAGCUUUAUAGUUGGAGCACAGAUCCUCUUCCUGGUCUUAAGAAAAAGUUUUAAAACUACAAUAAGCCUUUUACAGUUGUGUUGUUAAGGACGAAAUAUACUUUUACAUUUCUAAACAAUGGCCUACGCUUCAUUUUCACCCUGCAGAGUAUGAAAGUACUUGGUCAACACACGGUUGCAAUGAGGAAAUGGAAAAAAGGGUUGUUUAUUUCUGCCUCAACUUCUACUGAAGAAUAGAUUACACACAGGAGCUGAACAAGACAAAGUCCACUGCCAAAUAUGAACAGCCCACUAUAUCAGGAUUAGAAAUGGUAAAUAUUGUAAUGAUAAUAACCAUUGUUGCUUAGAGGAUCACGGUGAGUCAUAAUGUCUUUUUUAUAGCAUAUAAAUGAUUAGUAUGAGUUACAAUGAACAUUCAGUGCGCAGCUCUGAUUUGGGGUCAGAAGGCCAAAAAAGCUCUACAAUCCUGUAAAUACUCUAACUGCGAAAACUCUACAGACUAAUUCACCGCCUUGGCAGCAUGCAGUGGGCUGUAAUGAUAACAGUCUUUGUCUUAUCAGUGCGUAAGAGUCUGAACUUGAGCUUUAAUAGUUUCUUCUCCUUGACUUUGUUCCUCUCAUAUUUAUGCGCCUCGUGCAGGUGGCGAAGUUGGGGAACACCGCCCUUGUUGAGACCCUUCUCGAGGCGGGAGCAGACCCCAACGUGCGUGACCCGGUCCUGAAUCUCACCGUCACACAUGACGCCGCACGCGACGGCUUCAGAGAUACCGUGCGCGUGCUAUUGGACCAUGACGCAGACCCGGAUCUAACGGAUGAGCGAGGCAACCUGCCGCUCCAUUUGGCUGCUCGAGAAGGACAUCUGCAGGUGGUCCAGCUGCUGAUUCAACAUACCACUGACCCCCGAGCUGUCAACGGCCAAGGGUACUCUGCCGGAGAGCUCGCGCUCCACCACGGGAAGAUUGACAUCUUCAAUUUCAUCCAAGAGUAUCUGAGCUCACGUAAGUCUAGUAAUAGGCUGUUCAAUUCAAAUUCAAAUUCAACUUUAUUUGUACAGCACUAUUCAGACAAAAAUAUAUAUUUCAAAGUGCUUUAUUAAACAACAAUAAAACCCAUGGGUACCCAUGUACCCACACACACACACACAGAGACACACACACACACACACACACAAAGUACGGGAGGAAAGCGCUACCUUUGGGAAACACUGGAGAUAAAAUAUUUCAAAAAAUAAAAUGUUAAAAAGAAAGGCUACCUGAUGAAACCUGAUGGACUAAAACAAGAAAAUCAUAUUUAAUAAACAGAAAAGUAAGAGCUCUUUACCAUGUAAAAGGGGCAAAAGAAGUAAAAAACCUCCAAGAUGGGAGUUAAGAAAAAGACUAAGAACAAUAAUUGAUAAAAUUACAUAAAAGAAACAGUAAGAACUUUGACUAAAAUGAACAUUUACAAUAAGAGAAAUAUAAAAGGCAACCAGUGAAAAGCCUGGUUGAAAAGGUGAGUCUUGAGCCCCUAAUAAAAAAUAAUAUCCUUUCUAAAAAUCUGGACUUAAAAGAAAAACUAUGUUAUUAGGUGAAAAAUGUUUUGGUUUUUUUUGUAUCAAAAACACUAACUAGUAAAACAGCAAAGGUUCAGAUCCAGUCUGCUUUUCUAAACAUAAAUGUUCUUCAGUAUGGUGUCCCUGGCCUUUAUUGUAUAUAUCAUCAAGAAUAAAUGUCAUUUAUAAUUUCCUGCCAUUAUAAUGAAAUGACAAAACUGCACUUAAAACAACGUGCCUUUAUUUUUCAAGUCACUUAACUGUGGGUGAAAACUUUAAGGCCUGUGGCUGUUGCUGCCCCUGCUGUUCUACACUGUAAACCUGGAAAAGUUCAUUCUACCUAAAAUUUUUGAGGCAAGUGAUUGGACUUUAAUGAUUUAAGUAAUGAGUGCAUCAAUUAAGUAAUUCAGUAAAAUCAACGCAAAUACAAAAGGGAAUGGAAUAGAUUAUUUGAGGUGAAUACACUAAAAGAAAAGUUAUUUGUACUCAAAAUGUGUAUUAAAAUUCAUACCUAUUCAACUCACUAUUUUAAGUGACAACAACUAAAUUUCUCACGUGCAUUUAGCUGUAUUUGGCUUUUAUUAACCCUCCAAACAUCGGACGUUGAAGAGACGCGCAGAUCAAGUCAGUAUUGGGUCAGUCCGUCAAAGACCACAUCUACGUCAGUGCGACGUGCAAAUAGGUUAGAAAUUUCGACGUCCAAAUUGGCCCUUUUUUAGACGUUGCUCUGACUUUUAGAAUUUGGACGUCAUCCGAAGACCAUAUCUAGACGUCGACACAACGUGCAAAAUGGAUCAAAGACUUAGACGUCACUAUUGGACCUCUUUUAGACGUUGAAAUGACAUCCACAUUUGUACUUCAUCGUAGAAAAAAUACGUUAAAUAGAUGUCAUUUCGACGUGGCAUUGCGCAGUGGGAAAUUCAAAAGUUUAAGUUAUGCCAACCCAAAAAUAUAUCACACCAAAAGUUGUCAUUAAACUUUAUUGACAUUUGCAGAAAACAGGACAUAACAACAGCCACAAUAAACGUAAAAUAGAACUAACGUAAAAUUAACCAUUAUAUGAUUUCAGGUCCUACUUUCUUUAAAGCAUAGGGUGCCUACUGGAAUGUCCAAUGAGUCCGCAUCAUGAAGAUCCUACCAGUAACAAGAAAAUAAAAUGAUAUUUUCAUAGCAAUUAGAGUUUGUCUGUAUUGUAUAUGGGCAACCCUGAUGUAAGCAAGGAAUGGAUUCAGUCCUGGCAUCACUUCCAUGUUUAAGUCUGUAGUGUUUGAAAAGCUGUGCUCUUUUUUCAUAGUGAAGAGAAUAAUACUUGCAUUUCUAAAGCAUGUCUUCAUGUAUGGUUUAAAAAAAUGAAAAAUAUAUUUACAGUCAAAUGUUUUAGUUAGCUUUUUAAAGCAGGUCACUGAGUUUUUUUGAGAAAAUCCUGUUGCUCUUUUGCAAAAAAAAAGGUGGAAUUAAGUCAUCUGUAUCAAUUUAUGUUAGCUACCUCUGCCAAAUGGCAAUGUGAAACAACAAAAAAUUGAGAGGAUAAGCUAAGUACAUGGACUGCACUGAUAAUUAUUCUCAGAUGUUGUUUACACACCAAAAUUUUAACACAAUACAAAUUUUUAAUCUUCAGGGAUCAUGAAAUGAUGUAUUUCAAAUCAGAUGAAUAUGGAAAAUGACUCACCAAGUUGAAGAUGAUUUAUUCUGCUCUCCAUGAAAAUCAGAUGAUAUGAGAAACAUUCAUUUUGUCCCAUGCAUAAGCACUGCAGAUCAGUCCUUUAGUCCAUAUUUGUGGUAAAUAAAGCUAUGUUUAAUAAGGUGCAGAGAACAGGAAGGCUAUCUCCGUGACAACAAGACAAAGACCAACGGUCCUCCUUCCAGCAAGCCCAGACAUGUCUUCCAGACAAGAUUACAGUGCAGGCUAGAAGUUGAUUUUUGAAGCUUAUUGAACUCAAAACUAUAAGUGCAUGUAAAUUAUUGAGGCUCAACACAAUUUUUUGAGUUGAAUAAGCUUCAAACUGCUAGUGUACAUAUAAAUCAAAUAAUGUCAGUACCCUACACAUAUCAACAACACUUUACCUAUUUUACAGAAACUAGUCUGGGUUUACAGUGUGUGGAGCUGUUGAUAACUUUCACCCUCAUCAAUAAGGCCCAUAAUUGUUCUCUGCUGUUGUACUCUUUUAGAAAGCAGUGGAACACACCCAUCCCAUCAAGUAGCCGACUGCAGGAGUGUUUGUUUAAACCGAGUUUAUAUGCGCCCAUACUGUGCAGUUUUCAAAUAAUACACCGUCAAAGUCACUCGCAUUCAUCUGCGUAAAUGGGAGCAGGCGCGUUAUGCCCAUUUAAGCAGGUGGGGCAUAGGCGUCAGUUUGGGAGGGGGGGGGGGGGGGGGGGGUCCCCCACUUUUUGUCAGGGGUCGUUUUGUCUCCACCACACAAAUCCUUCACGUAUAAGCCAUUGUAAACCUAGUUAUUUUCAGUAGUAUAGAAAAUUCGGACGCUCCUGAACGCACCACCCGUAUUAGUCGGGGAGUUGCUGAGAGAGGCAGCAAACGUGCAGGGAGAUGCAGAGUGCGCUUUUUCUCCACCCGUGGUGAGUUAGAAAACCUGUUUGCUUGUUUAAUUUUAACCCUAUGACUAUCCCGUUUACUAAAUAUAUACGAGGGGGCUUUAGUUGGUUCCGGGAAAUACGUCUACGAAUUUUACAGUCGCCGACACACGCACGCACGCACGCACACACACACACUUUUCGAAACAAACUGACGCGCCUAACGUAUUUUCUCUAUGAUUCUUAUCAGUAAUAGUAUUUUAACUCAACAGAGGUUUUCUUCGCAUGUCCUAUAUUACACCACAAUAAAACAGAGUAUUCGUUUGAUCCAAAAGACGCUGCAUGAGAUUAUCAAGAAAAAAAGGGGAAAAAAACAGUAAGAAAGGAGAGGGAAAAAAUACAAAGUGACUGGGGGGUUAAUACCAAACUUAAGGUUAGUACUAAACGUUGGCAAGUCAUUCGGGACUUUGCUCUUGUUUCAUACUGUGCCAAUGUUUUCUUCUAUAAGAGUUUUAAUUAAAUCUUAUCAAUCAGUAAACAAUGUUGACGUGUAGUUUGCAAAAACUUUCCAGUAUCACAUAAGACACAAAAAGGCCAUGGUUACAUGCAUCUAUUGACAAUCUAUCCACUUGUUAAUUUUUUUUAUAAAAACAACAUAAAGAUUGACCAGUUCGAACUCAGUAGUCUGUCAGAUCAGGCCCAUUUGAUCAUGCAACAGUUCUGAGUCCAAUAGUCCAGUACAAUUAGUUUAUUAGGCCUAUUUGUUGGUAAGUUUUGGUUUUCUUUAAAAUUCAAAAUUUCCAGGUUAGAACCCCUAAACUUUCCUCUAGUUGCUUGUGCCUAGCCAUGUUUGAAUGACCCUAUACUGUAUUAAGAGUUUAAAAAUUUUGUUAAAUCCUGUAAUAUACCAGGUCCUUACUGCGCAUAUUAUCAAUCUUUAAAAUCUAACCAUCCUGCCCUUAUUUUUGACUGCCUAGAACCACUGCAGUUACGCAACAACCUUAGGAUUGCAAUACACUUGGGACAGAUAGAAGAGCUUCUAAAAUUACCUUCAAAAUGCUGAAAUACCACCACUACAUACUGUUGUAAGUUAUAAUGUUAUUGUAAUAUAGGAAUAUUUAAAUGAUUACUGAUUCCUAUUGAUUUUAAUAUUUCCAUUUAGUGUGCAGAAACUUUAUCACAGCCUUAAAAAUGCCACUGUCCAGAGAUAGCCUGUUGGGGUAUUUAGCUAAAGAUUCAUUUUAUUUGGGAUGCACACUUCCAAAAAAGCUGCUUGUCCUGUUCUAUGAUGGGCUGUUUCUAUUAAUUUUCCUGUCAUGUUGGACCCGCAAAUUUGGGAACCUGUUGAAUGGGAGUAAGAAAAAUGUAAAUAAUGUUUUAUUUUAUUUGAGUUUAUUUUAUUUAUUGAUAAAAUAGCAGAAUGCACAUAUUUGCAUUUUUUUCAAUUCUCAAGUAUUUUUACUGGUUGAAUUCUUCAGGUCGACUCAAUCCAUGUCAAUUGAUUGAAGUAACAGUAUUUGUUGUUAAAAAUUUUAAGACCUACACAUGACCAUUAAAACCAACAACACACACUCACACACACACAAAAAAAAAACACUCAGGCUAAGAUCAAGUCGACUUCCUAGUCAUUUUCAGAACUUCACUAUGACCUAGAUCACACCCUUUUGUGUGUGUGUGUGUGUGUGUGUGUGUGUGUGUGUGUGUGUGUGUGUGUGUGUGUGUGUGUGUAAGAGAGAAAGAGAAGUACGUGUGUGUUUUGCUUUAACACGAUUACAGCACUUUUUCUUUUUAUUCCCUUACAUUUGUUUAAAAAAUGGGGCACUCUUAGUUUUUAAUGGUAUAGAUUAGAUUAUUGAGUAAACAUGAAACACUCAAAAACAAAUGUCAUCUCUCCAAGAGAGUGCUGCCUCAGACCUGCUGAGAAACCGAACAGAGCUACUCAAUCCCACAAAUGGGACUGAGAGAGAUCAUUUACAAUCUGACUCUGAAAUAGUACAGUUGAAAAACACACUGUAAACUAGUUCAUAUUCAUAUGUAGAAGAUCUAAAAGGAUGAAAGUGUCCUUUAUUUACUGCAUGUUGCGCAAGUUCCCGAGUAGGCCUACUUCUGCGGGUAGUCUGUGAAAUAUUUAGCCCUGUAGUAAUUUUUCUCUUUUCCAUAUUCGAGUUAAAAGACAUACUCUUGUUUUCUAGAGGAAGUUUUCACAUGAGGCUUAUCCAAAAUUAUCCUGCAUUGUACUCAUCCGAGUGCAGCUGGAAAAUGCACCUUGUCAAAAAUAUAAAGCUCAUAAACUCCUUGGUAAAGAAAUGUGCUUUACUGCAAUUUGAACUGCGCAGAUAUAUAAUCUUGAACAGACAAUUGGAGUAAGACGCCAUGCCAUUCUUUUAGGGAUGUAUUGUCCACGUUUCUGAUAUAUGUGUGAUCAUGGUAAACCUUGCGCACAGAAGUUAACCGCGUCAAUGAUCGUAACACGUUAAAUAUUUGACCCAUGGCGCACUUGGAACAGGGCAGCUGACUUAAACAGUGGAUGAAGAAGCCUAUUUAUUGCGCACAGUGCAGUUUUAAAGUAGCCUACUUGUGCUUCUCUGUUUUACAGCCAUUUUGCAUUACGUUGUAGACGUGAGCUGUGUGCCGCUUUUGUCUAUGGAUCAAGGCAACGAGGCUUCAGAAUUUUACGCAGCAAUACCUCAUUUGGUCGUGCUUACUAUGAGUUUUCAAAGAGGUAGAGUAGUAAAAACAGCAGUCAGAAUUUCCUUGAUGAUUUUGUUUGAAAUAGUGUCUUAUUGCGCACAUCUGACUGAACACUCAUAUUUCGCUCGUAUAUUUACGGUCUGAAAAAACCUGAUGGUAACCAUUUGACUAGAUGAAACGGUAUCGUUUCUAUUAGAUGAAUCAUUUUGGCAAUACAAGUUUGAUUUUCCCCCCUUGCUAUCAGCCCUGAAAAUGAAAGUGUUUUGAUCUCGGCACUCACCAUGAUCGUACACUUAUGUCAUUACGUCUCAUUAUGUGUUGACCUCAUGUGCCAUUAUUGUGCCAUUAAAGACGCUGCGGGGACUUUAACAGACAUCAGGUUUGUCCAAAGAAGGUUACAAUGGUAAUGGAAGUUAUGGUCCUAUAGUCGGGAUCAAGUUAUGCACAACUUUGAUGCAAAAGUUGGGGAGUUACGAACUACGCCAUGACCUCUUUUGUUGACCAAAGCGCAGACUAUCUCAAAGCCUUGUAAUAAGAGGCCCUUUUGGGGGUUCUGUAGGCCUUGAGCGAGGCUUGGUAAAGGGUGGGCGGGUAGUAAAGACAAGCGUCGACUUACAAAAAAGGAGGAGGGGUCAACCAAAUAUGGGCUGUAAUGCAGAGCCGUUCAUGACGUGCAUAUUUGGUUUGGAUUGGCUGGACAGUGAGUAGGCUGGACCACAAAGAGACCUGAAGAAGUACGGGGGAAAUCAAUGACAGCACAACAGCCUACUCCAGAACUUAUACAUUUUUCAACAGACUCUUUCUAAUUUCUGUUCUUAUAAUACAUAUAUGGGGUAUGUUUUAGCAUUUUCCACGCUUAUUAAAUAACAUGUGGCCCACUUCUGAAUGAAAUCAUGUCGCCUGAUAAAAGUACACAAUACUCAUCUUUUUCCACAAAGAAGUAGGCUAUAUUUUGUGCUUAUUUAUUAUUUUCAUGACUGCAAAUUUUGAUAAAUGUCAUGGUGUUGACUAUAACUUUAUUAAAUACAGGCUUUUUUUCUGUCUUACAGACUGAUCGACAGCAGGAGGAAAAAGAUGCAGCCGUCCUGUACACCCUCGGGCUCUGUCGUUAUUUCUACAGUGACUCAAUAACUGAACAGUGCUUUGGACAACAGUGACUGAAUAAACCUGCACUAACAGGAAGUGCGUGAACCCGGCUCUUUUGACUCGGGAUUAAUACAGGAUUAAUGCGUUUGGAGACCUAUUAUUAUUAAUGCAAGCUUUAUACUCCAUCUCUAUUGCGUUUAAGUGUUCAUCUUUGUCUGUUCUGGUGACAGACAAAUGAGAGGGUAGGCAUUACAUAUAUUUAAGGGGGGGCACACUUAUUUAAACCUGUAUUUUACCUGCUUCAGGCUUAUCGGCAGCUCUUGGCCACUCCUACAGUAUUGAAAUGUUAUUUUCUUUCAAUAACAGGCAUUUCAUCUUUUAAAUAUAUAGAAAUAAAGCAAACAAAAAACAGCA